ACCACGAAGGAGGCCCUCAUGCCCUGCCACCCACCAAGCUCAUGAUAAACGUGCAUGAAACACGAAGGAGGCCCUCAUGCCCUGUUUUUAUAAUUUUUUUCAACAUCUAUAUAUAGGCUUUCCGUUAAACCUGUACAGCGUCGACACAGCUGCUCAUUUUUCUCUCGCUCGCACACACCCAAAUCAACUAGUGCUUGCCUUUCUCAUUUCUCACUUUUACUGCGCCGAUCGUUUCACUCUCAAACUGUUACUUACCAUUUAGAGAUCAACAAAGAAAUGGACAUUAGUCUCGGAAGAAAGGUUGGAGCAGAGUUUCUGGGCACGUUCCUUCUCAUGUCUGCGGCAAUAGGCGCUGCAAUUGAAAAAGAGAAGUCGCAAGGAUCAGUGGUGGGAUGUGCAGUAAUUAGUGGAGUUACUGUGAUGAUAAUCAUAUGCUCCAUAGGCCACAUCUCCGGAGCUCAUCUCAACCCCGCUGUCACCAUCUCCUUUGCUGUAAUAGAGCACAUGCCGUGGAAGAAUGUGCCUGUGUAUAUUGGUGCACAAGUUUUGGCAUCAGUGAGUGCUGCAUUUGCUCUGAAGUUAAUUUUUCAUCCAUUCAUGAGCGGUGGAGUGACGGUCCCUUCGGUGGGAUAUGGGCAAGCUUUCGCUGCAGAGUUCAUGGUCAGCUUUACUCUUAUGUUCGUUGUCACUGCAGUGGCCGACGGCACAAGAGUUGUGCGAGAGUUCCCGGGAAUCAUUAUGGUGCAGGUGCGAUUGUUCGCGGGAAUCGUGGUGGGAGCCACUGUCAUGAUCAACAUACUCAUGGCGGGGGCAGCAACUGGGAGUUCAAUGAACCCGGCUAGAACACUGGGUCCAGCAAUUGCUGCACACAACUACAAGGGCAUAUGGAUCUAUCUCACAGCUCCAAUACUUGGAUCUCUAUGUGGGGCAGGUGCCUACACUGUGCUCAAGCUGCCUGAUCACAUCAGGAAGAGUGAUCGCAACACUGCAAGAGUGAUAGCAAGACUUUACCCAGAAUGAGUGAUUUUUGCACAUGCACUUAUCAAGCAUGCAUCUUCUGUGG